AGUGUUGAACGUGAGGCCUCGAAAAAUAUCGAAGAGAAUGAAAGAGAGUGCUUCAAGGAUGCUAUUGUAUCCUCUAGAAGUCUUAACAAAGGCUAUGUCGAACGGACGCAACUCAAGAAUGCAGUACCUGAGUAUUAUUGUGGUUGCUGUGCCGAUAGGUUCUUUAAUAGUCGGUUUCUUAAUGGAAGCGUUUGGCCGAAUUCGAACUCUUCAACUAGGUGCGAUACCUUGUAUAAUUGGAUGGAUAUUAAUAGCAACAGCCCAAAACAUCCCUAUGAUAUUAGUGGGACGUCUAUUAACGGGAUUAGCGAUAGCAACAUCAACAUCGCCCUCAAUAGUUUACAUAACAGAAGUAGCAACACCAGAUCUUCGUGGAUCGUUGAUGUCAUUUGGACCAACAUUGGCGUCACUUGGAAUGCUACUAUCGUAUUUGAAAGGCGCUUACUUACCAUGGAGACUAGUCGCGUGGUUGGCAACUAUUUAUGCAGUAGUGCCACUCUUUUUAGUACAAUUUUUCGUUCCGGAAUCCCCCGUUUGGUUAGUAUCUAAAGGCCGAAUAGAUGACGCUAAAAAAUCGCUCGCAAGAAUUUACAAAUCCGAAGAAAAAGGAUUUGGAAAAAUGUCACCGGCUGAACAAGCAUUUACCACAAUUAUGAAAGAAAAUGAAAUAAAAUUGAGUGAACAAAGAAGAAGUAAACGAGGAAGUUUGUCGACAAAGCUCCGAGCUUUCUUGAAACCAACUGGAUGGAAGCCUAUGAUUAUUCUUAUAAUCUUUUUCUUGUUCCAACAAUUUUCUGGUAUUUACAUCACUUUGUUUUAUGCUGUCACAUGGUUCCAGGAAGUAAAAUCCGGUGUCAAUGAAUACACUGCAUCUAUUUUAGUUGGUCUCACACGUUUCUUAUGCUCGAUGGUCAAUACAUGGCUUUUGAGACGGUACAAAAGACGACCACUUUGCAUAAUUUCGGCGUUGGGAAUGGCUGUUUGUAUGUCAGUAUCAGGAUACUUUACCUUACAAAUCAAAAACGGUAGUGAGAGUGGCAACUGGGUACCUGUAUUAGGUCUUCUACUUUAUGUAUGUACGUCGAUGAUUGGGAUGUUGACUAUUCCAUGGACCAUGACUGCUGAACUCUUUGGAUCCGAAAUUCGAGGUGUCGCACAGUCUGUCAGCUAUGCUAUGGCUAAUGUACUUAUGUUUGCCGCGGUACAGAGUUAUCGAGAUUUAUCUACAUUGUUAGGAGAAUACUUCUACAAUAAUACUAUUGCGGCUGGUGCUGACGCAAAAGCUCGUCGAAGAAGAGCCAAGAGACGCGCAGAACAAAAAGCUCAAGCUCAAGCUAGUGUACCAUUGAAUCCAACUCCAAAGAAUGCUGAACCGGUCUAG